UUUGAUAACAUUUUCCUACGGGACUCCUGCGCAUGUGCCAAAUGUGUAGAUACAUCCACGCGUCAGAAACGCUUCGACUCUGCCGACAUCCCCACGAACAUAAGAAUUAGAUCUUUGCAAUACGAGGGCGACAGUGUAGUGAUCACUUGGAAACACGACGUCUCCGGUUACGGCCCAGACCACCAGACUCGCCUGUCCAGAAAUGCAAUCACGCGUAGUCCACAUGGACCCCUCACUACUAUGUAUACCAGCGGGAAGUCGUCAUGGCAUCGUCAAAGCUUCGAAGCUCGCGCCGAGGACUUCGACUACAACGAAUACAUGUCGGAUGAGAAGGUGGUCUCCGAUCUCUUGCGCCAACUUCACACUCACGGUCUGGUGUUCAUCAAGAACGUUCCCGAGGCAGAGUCUUCGGUGAUUGAGACAGCGAAUCGCAUUGGACCGCUGAAAAACACCUUCUACGGUGACACGUGGGAUGUGCGUAGUGUCUCGAACGCGAAGAAUGUUGCUUACACAGAUGUGCACCUCGGCUUCCAUAUGGAUCUUCUUUACAUGCAGCAGCCCCCAAGACUGCAACUCCUCCACUGCCUCCGUGCAUCGACAGAAGGCGGUGUCUCUCUGUUCAGCGAUUCCUAUCGCGCCAUGGAUCAGCUCCACAAGAUGAAUUACGACGGCUUCCGAACUCUCGUCGAGACGCCGGUCAACUUCCAUUACGAUAAUGACAGUCACCAUUAUUUCCGUCAACGACGCACUUUCCAACUGCAGGACGUGUGGAAUCUCUUCGAAGCAGUCAAUUGGGCACCUCCUUUCCAGGCGCCCUUCUGUCACAAGACCGAUGGCGACGUUCAUUUCGCCGAGAGCAUACGAGCAUGGCAUCAAGCCGCACAGCUCUUCAGAGACUUGACAGAGAUGGAAGCCAACGUUUACAGGCGGCAGAUGGCCCCAGGUGAGUGCGUCAUCUUCGAUAAUCGCCGUGUUCUGCAUGCCAGGACUGCAUUCGCCGGAGGUGAGAGGUGGCUCAGAGGCGCUUACCUCGACGACGAUCCGUAUCUGAGUAAGAUGCGAGUGCUGGAGAGAACGCAUGGCGGUUCUUCGAGGAAACCCCGAGCGAGAGCAGCGCCCGGUGCAUAG